AUAAAAAUGGCAGCUUUAAGAGUUAAAUGUAGUGUAAAUCUUAAAUAAAUAAAUUUUCAGAUAACUUUUGAAAAUAACUAACAUUUACAGUAGAAAUGAGUAGAGCAAGAUACACCCAUGGUUAUCCACGGGCUAAAAAAAGAAAUGAGGAUAAAGAUAUCCGACUUUCAAAAUCUUUGUCGUGGUUACUGAGGCAUGGUGCUGAAAAAGAGGGGCUAAAGUUAGAAUAUGGUGGUUUUGCAAGUGUAGAUAAAUUGUUAAGUUUCCCACAGUUUUCCUCUAUAACUGUCGAAGAUGUAAAAAGAGUAGUCGAAUAUAAUGAUAAAAAACGAUUUGCUUUAAGAUAUCAUCCUGAAACCGGAGAAUUACAGAUUCGAGCAAAUCAAGGUCAUUCAGUUAAAGUAGAUGAAGAAGGUUUGGUGGUUCCGUUAAAAGCAGAAGAUUGUCCAAAUAUGAUUGUACAUGGAACAUAUUUUAAGAACUGGCCCAAAAUUAAAGUAGACGGUUUAUCUAGAAUGAAACGAAAUCACAUUCAUUUUGCUGUCGGGAUGCCUGGAGAAAAUGGUGUUAUAAGUGGAAUGCGUACGAACUGCGAGAUAUUUAUUUUGAUUGAUGUAGUAAAGGCGAUUGAUGAUGGAUUUAAAUUCUUCCAGUCAGAAAACAAUGUUAUUUUAUCACCAGGGGACAAAAACGGGUAUUUAAAGCCAAAGUAUUUCAAAGAAGUAUGGCAGUUCUCACCAAGAAUUCUAUUGUUGUAAAAGCAAAGCCACAUUAGACUAUCUGCUUUGUCUACUGUGGGGAAUCCAACCCCCAGAUGUUAGUAUUGUAUAUCUGCAAACUUACCACUGCCCCACCAGGAGACUUCUCAUAGGUAUUUGUGGAGUGGUAAGAACAACUAACCUUUCCAGGCUGGC